AUGGCUCAGUCCAAGCCCGCCAUUUCGCCUUGGGGCGGUGCUGUCGCCGGUGCAACCGGAGCCGUCAUAGCAAAUGCCUUGGUGUAUCCUCUGGAUAUCGUCAAAACUCGGCUACAGGUGCAAGUGAAGCCUUCCCGUUCCGGCGAAACAAGCGACAGCUCUUCCGAUGAAGUACACUACACGUCGACCUGGGACGCCAUCUCGCGGAUCAUGGCGGAAGAGGGCCUCCAGGGCCUAUACGCCGGUAUGAACGGCUCGCUGGUCGGCGUCGCCUCCACAAACUUCGCAUACUUCUACUGGUAUACAGUUGCCAGGGCGCUAUACACAAAAUCCGCGGGUCCUUCUGCGGGCGCGCCUUCUACAGCAAUAGAGCUCUCUCUGGGCGCGGCGGCCGGUGCCCUAGCGCAGCUCUUCACGAUCCCCGUUGCCGUUGUCACAACUCGCCAGCAGACCGCCGCAAAAGCCGAUAGAAAAGGGCUCUUCGCAACAGCCCAAGAGGUUAUCGAGGGCCCGGAUGGUGUCAGUGGGCUUUGGAGGGGUCUCAAGGCCAGCCUUGUCCUGGUCGUCAACCCGGCCAUCACAUAUGGAGCCUACGAGCGGCUAAAGGACGUCUUUUUCCACGGCAAGACCAAGCUACAGCCGUGGGAGGCAUUCGCUCUGGGAGCCAUGUCCAAAGCUCUGGCAACGAUCGUCACCCAGCCCCUCAUUGUCGCCAAGGUGGGCUUACAGUCAAAGCCACCUCCUGCGAGGAAAGGAAAACCCUUUGGCAGCUUCAUAGAGGUGAUGCGCUUCAUUAUCGAGCAUGAAGGCGUUCUGGGACUUUUUAAGGGCAUGGGUCCCCAAAUCUUAAAAGGCCUCCUUGUCCAGGGCAUUUUGAUGAUGACAAAGGAAAAGGUUGAAUUGCUUUAUGUUCUAUUUAUGCGAUACCUCACCAAGACACUCAGCCUCUCAAGAGCUCGAGGAGCCAUCGCGGCUUCAUCAGCUGCAGGUUUGGCAAAGAACGCCACACUGGUAGCACCCUUAGUAAAAAGCUGA